AACCCCUCCACACUCACAUUUGAAUGCUCUCUCUCUCUCUCUCUCUCUCUCCAGCUCUGCAAUGGCGAAGAACACGACUUUCUCUCUCCCUCUCUUCGCAUUGCUUAUCCUUCUCUGCCUCUUCGAUCACGUCCGAUCCGAUCACCGCUACCAUGAAGGCGACUCCGUCCCUCUCUACGCCAACAAGGUUGGCCCCUUUCAGAAUCCCAGUGAGACCUACCGGUAUUUUGAUCUUCCUUUCUGCUCACCAGAUGGCGUUAAAGAGAAAAAGGAAGCUCUUGGUGAAGUCUUAAAUGGGGAUCGUUUAGUAAGUGCCCCCUACAAACUUGAGUUUCAGAAAAACAAGGAGUCCAAAGUUGCUUGCAAAAGCAAACUUAAGAAGGAAGAAGUGGCACGGUUCCGAUCUGCAGUCAACAAGGAUUAUUACUUUCAGAUGUACUAUGAUGACUUGCCCGUCUGGGGAUUCAUAGGGAAGGUUGUCAAGGAAGGGAAGGAACCUAGUGAAUACAAAUAUUACCUUUACAGGCAUAUCCAUUUUGAUAUCUCUUAUAACAACGACAGAGUGAUUGAAAUCAAUGUUCGGACAGACCCGAAGGCCGUACUGGACCUUACUGAGGAUAAAGAAGUUGAAGUUAAAUUUUUGUACACUGUAAAUUGGAAGGAAACAAACACUCCAUAUGAGAAGAGAAUGGAUAAAUAUUCACUAUCUUCUUCACUGCCCCAUCAUUUGGAGAUCCAUUGGUUCUCGAUUAUUAACUCGUGUGUGACAGUUCUUCUUCUUACUGGGUUUCUUGCCACAAUUCUCAUGCGGGUCCUUAAGAAUGAUUUUGUCAAAUAUGCUCAUGACGAGGAAUCAGCUGAAGAUCAGGAAGAGACGGGAUGGAAAUACAUCCACGGUGAUGUAUUUAGAUACCCUAAAUACAAGUCUUUGUUUGCAGCGGCCUUGGGUUCGGGAACCCAACUUUUUACACUUACUGUUUUUAUUUUUGUACUUGCACUUGUUGGCGUCUUUUACCCGUACAAUCGAGGGGCUCUCUUUACUGCCUUAGUUGUCAUCUAUGCUCUCACAUCUGGAAUUGCUGGCUAUACUGCUACCUCAUUUUAUUGCCAGCUUGAGGGAACAAAUUGGGUUAGGAAUCUAUUGCUGACGGGGUGCCUCUUUUGUGGGCCGCUUUUUCUUACAUUCUGCUUUUUGAAUACCGUUGCAAUUGCUUACACGGCCACCGCUGCUCUUCCAUUCGGCACAAUUGUGGUUAUAGUUCUGAUAUGGACGCUGGUGACAUCACCUUUGCUGGUGUUGGGUGGGAUUGCUGGCAAGAACGGAAAGGCUGAGUUCCAAGCUCCUUGCCGCACCACCAAAUAUCCCAGGGAGAUUCCGUCUUUGCCAUGGUACAGGGGGACAAUCCCUCAGAUGGCAAUGGCAGGAUUUCUGCCUUUCAGUGCAAUAUAUAUUGAGCUUUAUUAUAUCUUUGCUAGCGUCUGGGGUCAUAGGAUUUACACCAUAUACAGCAUCUUGUUUAUCGUCUUCAUCAUUCUCCUGAUAGUUACUGCUUUCAUUACUGUGGCAUUGACUUACUUCCAACUUGCUGCCGAGGACCAUGAGUGGUGGUGGAGAUCUUUCCUAUGCGGUGGAUCAACUGGCAUAUUUAUCUAUGCCUAUUGUUUGUAUUACUACUACGCUCGGUCCGAUAUGUCAGGCUUUAUGCAGACAUCCUUUUUCUUUGGGUACAUGGCCUGCAUCUGCUAUGGUUUCUUCCUCAUGCUUGGAACUGUAGGCUUUCGAGCAGCUCUACUUUUUGUACGCCACAUAUAUCGGUCGAUCAAGUGUGAGUAAGUAGUUUGCCGUCUCUCAAAGACUUGUUGGAUGUCUUUGGGUUUGUUCUUUGUUCAAUAGCGGGCACCGUGUAGAGAAAGUUUCUGAAGAAAUUUUGUAGUGCCUUGUUUGUUAAAAAUCAGAAGCAAAGGUCAUGAGAUAUUAUCAACUAUACCAGAGUUUAGACGUUAGGUCCCAAUUUGUGUUCUCAAGGAGAGAAUUAGUAUCAAUAAACCAAUUCCGCAAUACAUUUUUUUUUUCUUAUUUUCUUCUUCAUUUUACAUCUACGAAUUAUCUCUCUGUUUUCUCUGCCUGUUUGAUUGAAGACGUGACUCCCAAGUAUUCUAGAGGAUGCCAUCAGGUGGAGCUGGCUAAUAUUUUCUUGUUUCACUUGAUAAUUGUUAAUAACAGGAUUGUGAUCUUUCUUCUUUCUCCCCAA